CACAUACUGUGAGUCAUAUAGGGCAAGUCCUGCCUGCCUGGUGUUUACUCUGCUUCUACACCGAGCUGUGAAGUCGCUUUCUGUGGAGGAGCAACAGGCGGCUGGAUCCCAGAGAAACUCGGAUAUUUAACUCCUCUGUCCAGGCUCAAUUAAUGAAAAAGAAAGGGGGCGUGAGGUCCGGUUCUACAUGGAGCUGCUUCGGUUUUCCGUUUUCUGCUGCGGAGCGGUCCUGCUCGGUGUUGUGCUUCUGCCGGUGGAGACGAAUACCUCCGCGAUCGCUAUAAAACAGCUGUGCAAGUUUUGUGAUUUGCGGGCCACCAACUGUCCCGGCAGGGGAGUCUGCAAGGUGGAAUGUGACAUUACCGCCAUCUGCCCCGAAGAUAACGAAGUGUGUGUCAGCAUCUGGCGGAAGAAAGACGACAAUGUUACGUUUGAAACGGUUUGUCACGAUCCAGCUCUUCCCCUGUACGGCCUGUACCUGGACGAUUACAACAACACAAAGUGCAUUAUGAAGGAGAAAAAGGCCAAAGACUCAAAGUUUUUCAUCUGCUCCUGUUCCAACGAGGAGGAGUGCAACGAUCACAUCAUUUUCAACCUAAAUUCUCAGGUUGGGCCCGUCAUCCUGGUCAGCCUGGUGCCUCUUCUGGUCAUAGCAAUUUUUGUCAUCACUUCGUUCUACUGUUACCGGGUCUACAGUCAACAGCAAAACCCGCGCAAGCCACUGGACAACACCGACAAGCACCCCAUCAUAGACAACGAGGGUUCAGACAGCAGCUCCACGCACGCCAACAACCUGAACCACAACACCGAGCUCCUGCCCAUCGAGCUGGACGUUCUGGUCGGCAAGGGCCGCUUUGCCGAGGUCUACAAAGCCAAGCUCAAGCAAGGCUCGUCGGUCCGGGAGGAGCACGGCUUUGAAACGGUGGCAGUCAAGAUCUUCCAGUUCGAGGAGUACGCCUCCUGGAAGAACGAGAAGGACAUUUUCUCAGACGCGGACCUGAGGCAUGAGAACGUGCUUCACUUCCUGACGGCCGAGGAGAGGAAGGGGCAGAGGCAGUACUGGCUGAUCACGGCUUACCACCCACUGGGGAACCUCCAAGAGUACCUAACCAAUCACAUCAUCUCCUGGCCAGACUUGUGGCUGCUGGGGAGCUCGCUGGCCCGUGUGGUGGCACACCUGCACAGUGACCGCACUUCCUGCGGCCGCUGCAAGGUUCCCAUCGCUCACAGGGACAUUAAAAGCUCAAAUAUACUCGUGAAAAAGGACAUGACCUGCUGCCUGUGUGACUUUGGCCUCGCACUUCGACUGGACAACUCUCUGUCUGUGGACGAGCUGGCCAACAGCGGACAGGUGGGCACGGCCAGGUACAUGGCUCCCGAGGUGCUGGAGUCCAGAAUCAAUCUGGAAAACAUCGAGUCUUUCAAACAGGCAGACGUUUACUCCAUGGCUCUGGUGCUGUGGGAGAUCAUCUCCAGAUGCAGCGCGAUCGGAGGUAAGAUGGCAGGAAAUACAGGAACUCUCAGACACCCUUAGGAGAUAUUGCACUGC